AUGGGCGGGUGCAUGUGGUGGCUGUGCCGGCGCUGCCUGCACUCCGGCACCACCGCCAGCAAGGACUGGCCGCCCGCCACCUACGACGAGUUUAAAGACGUCCCUAGAAUCUGCCGCAUCCUGCUGUCCGUGUACGAGGAGGAUAUCACCAACCCGGUCUACAACGACCGGUUGAUAGUUAAAGACGUCGCGCGGCUCGCGGGGUACAAGGACACGCAGGGCAAGUGCCCGCCGUACGUGAUCUACGUGGACCACGCGGCGCGCGACAUCUGCCUCGCGGUGCGCGGGCUGAACAUGGCCAACUUCGCCGACUAUCGCGUGCUCAUGGACAACCGCAUGGGCAAACAGCGCUUCGACGGCGGCUACGUGCAUCACGGGCUGCUCAAAUCCGCCGCGUGGCUGCUCGAUCAGGAGAUGGAGACGCUAAACGCGCUCGCCGCGGAAAACCCGGAGUAUACGGUGACGCUCGCGGGGCAUUCGCUGGGGAGCGGGAUUGUCGCGAUGAUGACGGUGAUUCUGCAUAAGAACCCCGACGAGGUGGGGUUUGAUAACUCGCGCCUGCGGUGUUUCUGCAUCGCGCCCGCGCGAUCCACGUCGCUUAAUCUGGCGAUUAAGUACGCUGACAUCAUCAACUCUGUCGUCUUGCAGGACGACUUCCUUCCGCGCACGUCAGCGCCCAUCGAUAACAUUCUCGCGCUCUCCUUCUGUCUGCCCUGCAUGUUGUGCGUCAAGUGCUGUUGGGACACGUGUGGUUGCUACAAGCGUCGAGUGAAGGACCCUCGCCGCCUCUACGCGCCCGGGCGCCUUUUCCACAUCCUCUACACCUCCGACUUCAGCUGCAAGGAGGAGGAGCCGCAGGUGAAGACGGCUGUGCCCGUGGAAGACCGCUUCGAGAAGGUGGUGCUGUCGCGCACGGCCAUCGACGACCAUUCGAUCGUCGUCAUCGAGCGGCGAUCAACGGUUGCUGUGGAAUCCCUGGAGCUCCGUGAGCAGGAGGAGCAGGAGGAGGAGGAGAAAGCCCCCCCCGAGCAGCAGCGCAUGAAGCGCUCGUCCACCAUGAAGGAGCGCCAGCAGCAGUACGCCCAGGCGCUUGAACGCGCCCUCACCCUGCACGUGCCUGAUGCUGCCAGCGCUGAUGAGAUCCGGCAGCUGGUGGCUGCUGCUGAGGCAAGGGAGGAGGGGGUGAGUGAGGGGAAGGUGCAGGGGCGCAGGGCGGAUGGGAUGGGCGAGAAGGGAGAGAAGGGAGAGAAGGGGGGGAAGGUAGAGGGGAAGGAGAAAUCAGAAACGAUUGCACCUUCGCCAACAGCAGCAGCAGCGGCAGGGGCAGGGGCAGCGGCAGCAGGGGCAGGGGCAGGGGCAGGGGCAGGGGCAGCGGCAGGGGCAGGGGCAGUUGUUUCUGCUGUGGCGAUGGGAGGUAGUAAGGACGCAGAGAGGAAGAAGGAUGAGGACGAGAUAAGUGAGAGGAGUGGGAAGAGCGAGACGCUGUCUGAGUUCUGGCAGAAGGAGCUAGAGGAGUUUCGGGAGAAGGAGAGACAGGCUCUGCUGGAAGAAGAGAGGAAAGCCGAAGAGCGCCAGCAGAUGGUGGAGCCCGCAGCAGCACGGCAGCAGAUGGCGCGUGCGGUCACUGUAGGUUCGGGGCGAGAGGAAGCAGCAGCGGCGAGGCUGUCUGCAGGAGGGGGAGCGGCAGGGGGGGGGCUCUAUGGAGGGGGGGGGACAGCAGGGGGCCUGUCAGUGAGGCAGAAGUGGGCGCGCAUAGUGGAUGAGCUGAUAGACGCGGGGGAGGGGGAGGUGCAUGGGGGCACACGAGACGCCGCCGAGGCUCAGCUUCGGGAGGUGGAGAGGAUCGGCAGGCAGCAGUGGAACAAGGCUCGGGCGGCGUUGCUGUCAGGGGUGGGGAGCUUUUCGAAGAAGGUUGGGAUGAACAUCGAGAUCUGA